CCCUUUUCCAAUUGGCCUUUUAAACUCUAGGGACAUCAUCAAAAAUCAAAAUGAGUGAAUGGUACUCCUACUUGUAAUUGUCUUCCUACCUUACUCACGAUAAACAAUCGAGAUCAUCUGUCAGUAAUGUCGAACGAAAACACGCCGAACUCAGAUGUUAACUCCGGCCCCGCCGCUGGCGGCGGAGUUGACACGACGCCUUUGCUCAGAGACCAGAUCUUCCUCACCCGGCGACUCAUGCGCCAUUCUCCGAGCCUCCGAGGUGCGGCUCGGUUCCUCAGGAGAGCCAGCAGUCGUCGGAUGAUGCGGGAGCCGUCGAUGCGGGUGCGAGAGGCGGCGGCAGAGCAAAUCGAGGAAAGGCAGAGCGACUGGGCGUACUCGAAGCCCAUCGUCAUCCUAGAUCUCAUAUGGAACUUAGCUUUCAUCAUAGUCUCGAUCUCCGUGUUAUUAAUGAGUCGAAAUGAGUCGCCUUCUAUGCCUCUAAGGCUCUGGAUCGUUGGUUAUGCUUUUCAGUGUGUGCUUCAUAUGGUUUGUGUUUUCGUGGAGUAUAGACGGCGCACACAUCUUCGGAAUUUACCUGAGAGUUUAAUUUCUCGAAGGGUAAGCGGCAGCAGAGGUUGGAGCAGUGCGAAUUCCAGCUCUGAAAGUGAUGAAGAGACUGGUAAUUAUGCUUCAGAAAGGCGUCAGAAUGAGGAAGAACCCAGUCUUGCAAAGCAUCUGGAGUCUGCCAACACAAUGUUCUCAUUUAUUUGGUGGAUUAUGGGAUUUUAUUGGGUAUCGGCUGGUGGCGAGAGAUUGCCCCAUGAUUCUCCUCAACUUUACUGGCUUUGUAUUACAUUCUUGGCAUUUGAUGUGUUCUUUGUUGUUCUUUGUGUUGCUGUUGCGUGUAUUAUUGGAAUUGCUGUUUGCUGUUGUCUACCAUGCAUAAUUGCAAUCUUAUAUGCCGUGGCAGAUCAGGAGGGAGCAACUAAGGAAGACAUUGAACAGUUGCCUAAGUACAAAUUCAGGAAACUCGGUGAUUUUGAGAAACAAAAUGGCGAGAUUCAAGAGUCGUUUGGAGGUGUAAUGACUGAAUGUGGUACAGAUUCACCGAUUGAACACGUUCUUCCCCUGGAGGAUGCUGAAUGUUGUAUCUGCCUCUGCCCCUAUGAUGAUGGCAUUGAACUUCGCGAGCUUCCAUGCCGCCACCAUUUUCAUUGUGCCUGUAUAGACAAGUGGUUGUUCAUAAAUGCCACAUGUCCUCUCUGCAAGUACAAUAUUCUCAAAAAUGGUGACCAAAGUGGUAGGGAAGAUGUGUAAGAUCUUCUUAAGGAAAAGCUGCUGUGCAUACCUCUGUCAACUAAGUUGUUAAAUGUAACUUUCACAUGCUUAAUAGCAAUGCAUGUGUUCAGUGUUCUAUCACUGGGAAUGCCUUGCUCUCGUGUAUACAUACAUACAAUUAUAUAAAUAUAAAUAUAUUUUAUAUUCUCCAUUGUCCUUUUUUAAUCUUCAUGUGUUUUCUGGAAUGUUCCUAGAUAAAGUCAUUUUUCCUUAUUUGUUUUUUUAUUAUUAUUUACUUUACUAUAAAAGAAAUAUUAACAUUUUUUUUGUAAACUGUAGUGGUAUAUUGUCAAGCUCUUUAAAAGCAGUACCCUGUAUGGUGUAUACUACUACGUAAUAUUUAUCCCCAUUAAACGGGUUAUACGUGCAAGAGAAAAACAGUGUUUUUUGUUAUACAUGCAUAAUAUUGUACAAUUGUACAUGAGCUGUUAGUUGUGCUUACCGUCCCAUUUCAGUCAACAA